UUUGGCAGCUCGAAAAUGAAAAUGGCGGCUCCUUGAUGAUAAUAAGAAUGUUGUUAGUCAUACAAAAGUGUUUAUUAAAUGACUAUCAGCUGGAUGCGUAUCAAAAGAGAAAAAGUGUUUUUUUGACAGUUAUCAAAUUCAUCUAUAAUUAAAAAAAAAUCUUAAGAAAAGAAACACUUAAUAAUGGGUAUUUUUUCCAAUUCGCCUUUCGACUCUGACGUCGAAAAGGCAACAAAUGAAAAAAAUACAACUGAAAACUGGGCAAUUAUUAUGGAUAUUUGUGAUAAAGUAGGCAAUUCACCUACAAAUGCAAAGGACUGUUUAAAAUCAAUUGUCAAGAGACUGAAUCAUGAGGAUCCGCAUGUUGUUUUAUAUGCCAUAACCCUAUUAGACGCUUGUUCAAAUAAUUGCGGGAAGGUCUUUCAUUUAGAAAUUGCAUCACGCGACUUUGAAAGUGAAUUAAAAAAAUUACUUUCCAAGCUGCAACCAAAAAUAUGUGAGAAAUUAAAAGCAUUGUUAAAAAAAUGGGCGGAAGGUGAUUUCAAAACAGAUCCACAAUUGAGUUUAAUACCCAGUUUUUACAACAAAUUAAAAGGCGAUGGUGUCGAGUUUCCAUCAAUUUUAGAAACGCCCAAACAUUCCACUACCCUUAGUAAAGAUCCAAAUGUAGUUUCAAAUUCUCAGGAAGAAGAGGAUAUUGCUAAAGCAAUCGAACUAUCAUUAAAGGAAAAUAAACAAUAUCAAUCUACAUCGCAUGGUUCGCCAGCUACGAAAAAAUCUCCCAGUUUAUAUCCUAAUGUAAGUUCUGUAAUGGCAUCGACGAGUAAUAACGAAGGAAGAAAAGUACGAGCACUUUAUGAUUUCGAAGCAGCUGAAGACAACGAAUUGACAUUUAUGGCUGGAGAAAUCAUUCAUAUUCUCGAUGAUUCCGAUCAAAAUUGGUGGAAAGGAAGUAAUCAUCGUGGAGAAGGUCUUUUUCCAUCGAAUUUUGUUACUGCAGAUCUCUCCGCUCAACCGGAGACAACAAAAGCUGAUAGUGGAAAAAAAUUGGUGCAAUUUUCUGACGAAGUGGAAGUGAAAACAGUGAAAAGAGAACCAGAAGUACUUGAAGUUGAAAUAAAUGAACAAAAAAUUGACAGACUUAUGCAUUUAUUGCAUGAAGCUGAUCCACAGUCUGACAGUACAGAUCCUCCAGAAAUGCUUGAUUUGGAAGAACAAGUUUCGGCAAUGGGUCCAUUGAUUGAUACAGCUCUUGAAAAAACAGAUCGUCAACAUGCAACACUGACACAAUUAAGUUCAGAUUUGGUGGAUGCACUUAAUUUAUAUCAUUCAUUAAUGCGUGAACCAAAUCCAGCAAUGCCGGCUAAUUAUAUUCUCUCGAAAAUGCCACCAACACACAUGAAUGCUUUUCAAUUUCCAAAUCAAGGACCACCAGCUCCUCCAAGUCAUAUGUUUAAUGGUAUGCCACCUCCGCAACAAGGUGUUUUCAAUCCACAGCCAUUGGGUACUCCUAUGCAUGUGGUUACAAAUAUUCCACCUAGAGCCGAUAUGAUGAGACCACCUAAUAUGCCCAUGAUGGCAAUGCCUCAAAAUUUUCCUAUGAUACCUGGGAAUCAUACCCGUCCACCCUCGGUACCUGAGCAAACCAGUGUCCCUUAUCAACCUCAAGGAUAUCCGACUCAGCCUCAAACUGGUCCAGUGCCUGGUCCUGUACAUGGUCCUUUUAAUCCACAAGGACCACCAAUGCUGCCACCGAAUCAACAACCACAAUUCGCCCCCAAUGGUCAACACAGAAUGUAAACUAUUUUGCGUUUCAAAUAUAAAUUAACUGUGUAUUCAAAACAAAAACAAACAAAAAAAAAAAAAAAAAAGAAGAAA